AGGAGUUUGGAAAGCGACCACAAGAGAACCUUUUGCCAGGAGUUGGUGAUACCUACAUCUGGAAGAUGUUGCAGUAUCAGGCGCCUAAUUGCUUUCAUUCUGUCAUGCAGUUCCAGUUCUUCAUUGAACCAGACGUUAUGAUGCCAGAACUGCCGUUCAAGAAGUCAAAAAGACCAGCUUGGUCUCUAAGAAGCAACAGCAGCAGCAAAGUCUGAAAGCAUCUUUGCCAGAUGGCACUACUCGCAAGGAAGGAUUCCACGUGUCAAGUGAAAGCAUUCUGGGAAUUCGGCGGGUUUUCCUCGAAGAAGGUGAAAUAUUUACGCAUCAAAUCGUUUAAACGAAGGAACUUGAGAUCUCGGUGAAUCACAAAUGCAUCCCUCUCACCACCGGCCAAUUCCCUUCCUUGUUUUUUUCCCCCAGCCUCGGCCGUGACAGCUCAUAUCAGAGUGACGACUCCAUUGACAGACGGCAGUCAGAAGGAGCCGUUCCUGCAGCAGCAUCCUAUUGCUAGUUUUGAGGAUGGGAAAGAGUCGCCUCUUGGCCUCUUUCCUCUCUCUGCUGCUGUUGCUGCCUUCUUGCGUGCUGGGGGACAGCCCAUACAGGUUCUUCACUUGGAACGUGACCUAUGGCGAUAUCUAUCCUCUCGGCGUCAAGCAACAGGGGAUUUUGAUCAAUGGGCAGUUCCCGGGGCCACAGAUCGAGGCCGUCACCAACGAUAACCUCAUCGUCAAUGUAUUCAACAGCUUGCCGGAGCCCUUCCUCUUUUCCUGGAACGGAAUACAACAAAGGAGAAGCUCGUGGCAAGAUGGUGUUUAUGGCACCAACUGCCCCAUCCCCCCCGGUGGGAACUUUACGUACACCAUGCAAGUGAAGGACCAGAUCGGGAGCUACUUCUACUUCCCCUCGCUGGCCUUCCACAAGGCCGCCGGUGGAUAUGGUGGCAUCAGAGUUCUAAGCCGCCCAUUAAUCCCAGUGCCUUUUGCACCUCCGGCCGCCGAUUACACUCUCUUGGUUGGCGACUGGUACAAGGCUAACCACACUGACCUGAGAAACAUAUUGGACGGUGGCAAAGAUCUUCCCUUCCCUGAUGGUCUUCUAAUUAAUGGCCAAGGAUCGAAUGGAAGCGCAUUUACUGUCGAUCAAGGUAAGACGUAUAGGUUUCGAGUAUCGAACGUGGGGGUGGCAACAUCACUGAACAUAAGGAUUCAAGGGCAUGCAUUGCUGUUGGUGGAGGUGGAAGGAUCUCACACCCUCCAAAACACCUAUUCUUCGCUCGACAUCCACCUCGGCCAGUCUUACUCCUUCCUCGUCACGGCUGAUCAGCCACCCAUGGACUACUACAUCGUCGUUUCGACGCGAUUCACCACCACCGUGCUCUCCACCACCGCCAUCCUCCAUUACAGCAACUCCGACGGGAAGCGGGUCGAGCCACCGCCGGGCGGGCCGACUACUGACAUCGAAUGGUCCCUCAACCAGGCGAGAUCGAUCAGGUGGAACCUGACAGCCAGUGGACCGAGACCCAAUCCCCAAGGCUCUUAUCACUACGGCUAUGUGAACGUCACAAGGACCAUCAGGCUUGCCAACUCUGCACCGGUCAUCAACGGCAAGCAGAGAUAUGCCGUCAACAGUCUCUCCUUCAUUCCAGCUGAUACGCCCCUUAAGCUAGCGGACUUCUACAACAUCUCCGGAGUGUUUGAACUCGGAAGCAUUUCAGAUAUCCCCACAUCCGGGCCUGGUUCUCUUCGAACAUCAGUCAUGGCGGCCGAUUUCCGAGCUUACGUCGAGAUCGUGUUCGAGAACUCCGAGACCAGCGUGCAGUCUUGGCAUAUCGAUGGAUAUAACUUCUGGAUCGUCGGAAUGGAUGGAGGGCAAUGGACACCGGCAAGCAGGGAUAGCUACAACCUAAGAGAUGCAGUAUCUCGUUGCACUGUUCAGGUGUAUCCCAACUCAUGGUCAGCUAUCUACAUGCCUUUGGACAACGUGGGCAUGUGGAACAUCCGAUCGGAAAACUGGGCUCGCCAGUACUUGGGUCAGCAGUUCUAUAUCCGCGUCUACUCUCCGGCGAACUCAUGGAGGGACGAGAAUCCAAUCCCAAGGAACGCCCUUCUCUGCGGCCGGGCGUCAGGCCGUCGAACGAGGCCACUCUGGUGAAGCACAAGCACAAGCAUCUUCGCUGACACGAUCUCUCUUCUCUCUCUUGCCAGCUUCUUCCAUUGAUUUCUUCUUGGAUUUUUAGUUCUUACUGUUCUUUGUACUACUUCCAAUCUUUCUCAGUCAUCUCAAAUACUAUGAAUCUCCGAUUAUUUCA